GCUUCAGGCCUGGGCAAAGCGAGCCUUCAGCAGCGACAGCGACGAGAUUUGGAGAGACGAUCGGCGGCUCGUGCUGGUUUUGGACGGCCUGGACGAAGCCGGCAUGGACCGGCGACGGAUCCUCAAUUGGCUCCAGCAGUGGCUGCGGGCAAACAGCCGCCGAUGCGUCUGCACCAUCAUGGCCUCUCGGCCGUCCGGGACCAACGAGGUGCUGGGCAGCGACGGCAGAGCUCGCGAGUCGGCGGCAUCCGUGGUGCUCGGCCAGUUCUCCGAGACGUCGCUGCUGACCCAGGAGCCGCUGCCGGUCUCCUCCCACCUUCGGCUGCACGACGGCACUGGGCAGAGCCUGGGAGCUGGCACCGUCCUCUCCUGCGACAAGGGCAUUCUGCUACAGAAGAAGGAGGUGAACGGCCUGGAGCCCGGGGUGCACUCCCUGAAGGUGCGCCGGAAGGGUCCGGAGAUUGUCCCGGAGAUUGUCUUCUCCGCCGCGGUGUCCUUGGACUACGACGCCCGCCUCGCUGCCCAGGUGAUGCUGGAGCGGGCCUUCCGAGCCGCCGGCGGCGAUCCGGAGGAGGAUCAUCGCGUGGUGGUGCGCCGGGCCGACGGCGAAGAGUGGAAGGACUUCAGGCCCAUCAACUACGACAAGAUGCUGGAUUGGCCCACAAUCGCCUUUCCGUGCCGCGCCGUCCUGAAGACCGACAAAAGAGCCGCCGACGACCCUAAAUUCGAAGACGUGCAAGUGAGCCUCCGUGAGACGUCGGCCGGGAUCUUCCUGAUGGGUGACCUGGAGCCAGGCGAUCGGGUCGAGCUCGGGAGCGACGGGCCACCGAGAGAAGUCCUACCUCUCGACCGUUGCUUCCGGGUGGUCCUGGACACGGAGGUCCCACGCUGCCCUGCGAGUCUGGCGGAGAUGACAGUGCAGGAUGAGCUGCUCGGCUUCGCGCCGCUGGAGAUCCUGCCGCUCAGUCCUCCCGUAGCCUCGAGGAUCUCGAAGUUCGGCGAGGAGGAGCUGCGAGCGCUCCCCGAAGCGGUUUGGCAGACGCCCCUGAUGGCCAGCAUCCUGGGCCCCGCCCCCGUUCAGCUGCGCAGAGAAGAUCUCGACGGCGCCACGGCAGAGCUGGUGCUGAUGGAGCACGCAGUGGGAAUGCUGCUGAAGCAGGCAGAAGAGCGGACAAGCUGCAAGGGGCUGCGAGCAGAGCUGGGCCCGCUGUGCUUGGCCAAGCUCCAGGCGGGCCAGCGGUUGCUGUUGGAGUCGGACUUCAGCAGCCAGGUGGUCUUCCAGGAAGCGCAGCUCGGGAACUUGAAAUUCUUCGAGCCGGCUGGCCAAGCGGUGCAGCUUUACCACCUGCGAAUGCAGGAGUUCCUGGCCGCAGAGGCCCGGUUGGCGGGUGCCCAGGCGCCGGCCUGGAGAGAAGCCUUCGCCGAAGCGCAGCAGCAGCCGAUGCUGCGUGUGCUCCGCUUCUGUUUGAUGAAGCAGACGGCCCACGCGGCGGAGGUGGAGAUCGACCUUUCAGGAACAGCGUUGGUCGCCGCGGACUGGGAGGCGUUCCAAGGAGCCCUGCUUUGCACCGAGAAGCUGGCGCUCAACUUGGAUGGAAGCCGCCUGGGCCCCGAGGGCGCCAGCAGCUUGUCCUCUGCGCUGCCCAAACGGCUCCGACAGCUGCGGCUGGACUUAUAUGAGAACAGCAUCGGCGACGAGGGCGCCAGCGCCCUGGCCGCAAGGCUCCCGCUCCAAGAGCUGUGGCUGGACCUGACCUCGAACCAAAUCGGCCCGGGCCCUGGAGAGGAAAGGGCCCACAGCUGUGGCCUCGGAGCUCCGAGAGAGCGGAGGCUCGGAGCCGGAUUUCUGCUUCAGGUUGCCCCCAACAGCUAG